GCGACAGAGCCGUGAAAUAUACAGGCUCACACAGAGCGCUUUAAAUCUCCUAUCGCCAUCGAAAACUUUUCAUCUCUCCAGCAAAAGAAAAAGAAAAAGAAAAAGAAAAAAAAAAAAAAACGAAUCCAACUUUUCGUAGAUCCUCCAAUGGCAUACGGCGAUCGCUUGACUACGUUCGAGGAUUCCGAGAAAGAGAGCGAGUAUGGCUACGUUCGCAAGGUUUCAGGUCCGGUGGUGGUUGCCGAUGGAAUGUCCGGCGCCGCCAUGUACGAGCUCGUCCGCGUCGGCCACGACAAUCUCAUCGGCGAGAUCAUUAGAUUGGAGGGAGGUUCUGCUACAAUCCAAGUGUAUGAAGAGACUGCGGGGUUAAUGGUCAACGAUCCCGUUCUCAGGACUCGGAAGCCCCUAUCAGUGGAAUUGGGACCUGGAAUUCUUGGAAAUAUUUUCGAUGGAAUUCAGAGACCCCUGAAAACUAUUGCUAUUAGAUCUGGAGAUGUCUACAUUCCUCGUGGAGUUUCGGUCCCUGCUCUUGACAAGGAUGCACUGUGGGAGUUCGAGCCGAAGAAGUUAGCUGUUGGAGAUCUCCUCACUGGUGGAGAUUUAUAUGCCACUGUCUUUGAGAACACUUUGAUGCAGCACCAUGUUGCUUUACCUCCUGGUUCAAUGGGAAAAAUAAGUCAUAUUGCCCCAGCUGGUCAAUAUAGUCUCCAGGACACAGUGCUAGAGUUGGAGUUUCAAGGCAUCAAGAAGAACUUCACUAUGCUUCAGACUUGGCCUGUUCGUACUCCUCGACCGGUUGCGACAAAACUUGCUGCCGACACACCUCUAUUGACUGGGCAGCGUGUUCUUGAUGCCCUUUUCCCCUCUGUGCUUGGAGGAACUUGUGCUAUCCCUGGAGCUUUUGGUUGUGGUAAAACAGUCAUUAGUCAGGCACUUUCAAAGUACUCUAAUUCUGACACCGUGGUUUAUGUCGGUUGUGGAGAAAGAGGAAAUGAAAUGGCUGAGGUGCUUAUGGAUUUCCCACAAUUGACAAUGACAUUGCCUGAUGGUCGUGAAGAAUCUGUCAUGAAGCGUACCACACUUGUGGCAAAUACUUCCAAUAUGCCUGUGGCUGCUAGGGAGGCUUCGAUUUAUACAGGAAUCACCAUAGCUGAAUACUUCAGGGAUAUGGGCUACAACGUGAGCAUGAUGGCUGAUUCUACCUCCCGUUGGGCAGAGGCUCUGCGUGAAAUUUCUGGACGAUUGGCUGAAAUGCCUGCAGAUAGUGGAUAUCCAGCAUAUCUUGCUGCACGUUUAGCUUCUUUCUAUGAAAGAGCCGGUAAAGUGAAAUGUCUUGGUGGCCCGGACCGUACUGGAAGCGUUACAAUUGUUGGUGCUGUGUCUCCUCCAGGAGGUGAUUUCUCAGACCCCGUAACAUCUGCAACCCUCGGUAUUGUUCAGGUCUUUUGGGGAUUGGACAAGAAGCUAGCUCAGAGAAAACAUUUCCCUUCAGUGAAUUGGCUUAUAUCCUAUUCAAAGUACUCAAAGGCCCUCGAAUCUUUCUAUGAAAAAUUCGAUUCAGAUUUUAUUGAUAUCAGAACCAAAGCUCGUGAGGUGCUUCAGAGAGAAGAUGACUUGAACGAAAUUGUCCAGCUUGUUGGUAAAGAUGCUCUAGCAGAAACUGACAAAAUUACACUAGAAACUGCAAAGCUCCUGAGAGAGGAUUAUCUAGCACAGAAUGCAUUUACUCCUUAUGAUAAAUUCUGUCCAUUUUACAAGUCAGUUUGGAUGAUGCGUAAUAUUAUCCAUUUUAAUGCUUUGGCAAGCCAGGCUGUUGAGAGAGGUGCUGGUUCUGAUGGCCAGAAGAUAACAUACAGUGUUAUCAAGCAUAGAUUGGGCGACCUUUUCUACCGCUUAGUGUAAGUAACAGUUCCUCUAUG